CACCACUAGGGUAUGUCCCCGGGUAUAAAAAGGAACGGAGAGAGUUCGUCAGUCAACCUGCCACAGAGACAGCUUCUCCUGUUCUGAAACAGAGCCACAUUGAUGACGACGAGAAGCGCCUGACAGCAGAACAACAAGACACUUAGGACUUCUUGUUUUCCAUCCACUCCUCCAUUUCUCUCUCUCUCUCUCGCUCUGUCUCCGCCUCAACCCAAGGAGCGACCAUGCCUCCUCAGCUGCAGCCCCAGGGGCAGGCGAGCCCCAAGGUGGUGUACGGAGACCUGGGGGAUCUAAGCGCCGCGGUCCGGGCCUUCGUGGAGGUUAACGCCACGCUGUGCCAGCCCGAAUCGGUCCACAUCUGUGACGGCUCCGAGGAGGAGAACCAGGCCAUCCUGAGCCAGCUCGAGGAGCAGGGCACGAUCAAGAAGCUCCGCAAAUACCACAACUGCUGGUUAGCCCGUACAGACCCCCUUGACGUGGCCCGGGUGGAGAGUAAGACGGUGAUCGUGACGCCGGACCAGAGGGACACCGUCCCCAGCCCCGUGGGGGGCGGGGUCAGCCAGCUGGGACGCUGGAUGUCCCCGGCAGAGUUUGACAAGGCCAUGGGCCAGCGCUUCCCCGGCUGCAUGAAAGGUCGUACCAUGUACGUUAUCCCCUACAGCAUGGGACCGGUGGGAUCCCCCCUGUCCAAGAUCGGAGUGGAGCUGACCGACUCCCCCUAUGUGGUGGCUAGCAUGAGGGUUAUGACCCGCAUGGGCCGGGCCGUACUAACCGCCCUGGGAGCGGGGGAGUUCGUCCGCUGCUUGCACUCUGUGGGCUGCCCCCUGCCUCUGAAGAAGCCCCUGGUUAAUAACUGGCCGUGUAACCCUGAGCAGACCUUGGUCGCCCACGUGCCCGACCGGCGGGAGAUCGUGUCGUUCGGCAGCGGCUACGGCGGGAACUCCCUGCUGGGGAAGAAAUGCUUCGCCCUGCGCAUCGCCUCCCGCCUCGCCAAGGAGGAGGGCUGGCUGGCCGAGCACAUGCUGAUCCUGGGCGUCACCAACCCGGCAGGCCAGAAGAAGUACAUGGCGGCCGCGUUCCCCAGCGCCUGCGGGAAGACCAACCUGGCCAUGCUCUGCCCCACCCUGCCCGGCUGGAAGGUGGAGUGUGUCGGGGACGACAUCGCCUGGAUGAAGUUUGAUGAGCAAGGCAACCUACGGGCCAUCAACCCUGAGAACGGCUUCUUCGGGGUCGCCCCAGGCACCUCCAUCAAGACCAACCCCAACGCCAUGGCAACCAUCGUCAAGAACACCCUUUUCACCAACGUGGCGGAGACCAGCGACGGGGGUGUGUACUGGGAAGGCAUGGACCAAUCCCUGGCCGAGGGGGUGACCCUCACUUCCUGGAAGAACCAGCCCUGGAGCCCUAGCGAUGGAGAGCCCAGUGCUCACCCUAACUCCCGCUUCUGCACUCCGGCCGACCAGUGUCCCAUCAUCGACCCCCAGUGGGAGUCCCCGGAGGGCGUGCCCAUCCAGGCCAUCAUCUUCGGAGGCCGCCGGCCCCAGGGGGUUCCUCUGGUCUAUGAGGCGUUCUCGUGGCAACACGGGGUGUUCGUUGGCGCUGCGAUGAGGUCAGAGGCCACGGCGGCAGCAGAACACAAAGGUAAAGAGAUCAUGCACGACCCCUUCGCCAUGCGGCCGUUCUUCGGCUACAACUUCGGCCACUACCUGUCCCACUGGCUGAGCAUGGCGGAGCGUCCCGGCGCCAAGCUGCCCAAGAUCUUCCACGUCAACUGGUUCCGCAAGAGCCCCAGCGCGGGCUUCCUGUGGCCCGGCUUCGGGGACAACAUCCGCGUGCUGGACUGGAUGUUCCGCCGGCUGGACGGGGAGGCCGGGGCCGAGACCUCCGCCGUGGGCUACCUGCCCGCCGAGGACUCCCUGAACCUGGAGGGUCUGGCCGAGCCCGUGGACCUGCAGCAGCUCUUCUCCCUGGACCAGGAGUUCUGGAGGAAAGAGGUGGAGGCGGUGAGGAGCUACUUUGCCACGCAGGUCAACGAUGACCUGCCCAGGGAGGUGGCAAGGCAGCUGGACCUGCUGCAGGAGCGGGUUGAACAGAUGUAGAGGAGAGAGGGGGUGGGGGGGAGUUCUGGAAUACACUGCCCUGGAACCUUCUAGAACAGUGUGUGUAGAAUGCCAGCAAUCCAGGCCAGAACUUUUAGCCAAGCGAACAAGAGGCUUUAUUUUUCUAUGAGAUAAAUAUUACUGUGAUUUAGUUAGUCAGUUUAAGAGUUUAUAAGUCAUCAGUUGGAAGUGCAAUUUCAUUCCCGUUGUGCCUUUAUCUAUAUAACUUCCCAUAUUUUAUCACUUUUAUUUAAUAUAUUGCUCUUAAGUUGAGCAUAUUUGGGUCUUUAUAAGGACACUGUAUGAAAGUAAGUUAUUACUAAGUUAUAUAUAAAGGCACAUCCUUCGGUACAUAGUGAUGAGUUGUUGAAUUUCUUGAUUCCCAAUCACCAUUUGAAUUGGUGCUUCACAGCAGUGGGGCUGUGUGGGCGACUGUUGGUAAUGGCCGAAAGCAGGGGUAGGCAAGACGUCUAUAUAUGUUUGAGGAUCCUGUUUGUGUCAUUAUUUUGUGUUUAAAUGUAUUUUUCUAUGACAUCUGUAUUUAUUAUUCUGCUCUGAUCUAAUGGGGGUAAUUUGAACCCUCUGAAGAGGAAACAAAUAUUUUAAAUAAAUAUUAUGCACCCUU